UCUCUCUCUCUCUCCACCCCCUUCCACUGUCUCUAAAAAAAAAUCAAUGGAAAAAAUAUCCUCGGGUGCAGAUGAACUUACGUAUAUAACCAAUUCCUGAAUGGGAAACCUAUUAGUUGGCUAUAAAAUUUGGUGUGGUACAACCACACAAGGUUAUCUGGCUUGGUUUGAGCCCCAUCAGGAAUUCACUGUGGUGGCAGGUAAGGAUCUUGAUCUUGGUGUAGGUGGAAAUCUAGUGAUGAAUUUUGCUGAUGUUAUUUUAGAGCAAGGUCAGCAUCCUUAUCACCUGUGUUUCCAUGGUUUCUGUACAAGUGUAAAGUUAGUGUCAGCCUUAAAGAAGAAAGGUGUGGAAAAAUGUCCCCUUAUGAAUACAGAACAUAUGAAAAAGACAAAGAAGGGAUAUUUAAAUAUCCAAGUGGAAGAACAGAUAGUUCUGUGUCAUUGACAUGGUAAUGGCACUAUCAGUCUGUGCUCCAAUGCUGUUGGCAUAGAGCCUGCCAGUGAGAGAAGCUGUUUCUCGGAUGGCGAGGAGGUCUCUCAGGUGGGGCAGCAGUCCAUAGGGAAACUGUAAGAUGCGUGCAGGAGAGGUGUCCCGAAAGCGAAUCCAGUCAUUCCUGAACAUGGGGUGAGAGAGUAAGAAAAACUGUGCUGUUGGGUGAGCUGUGUGACUGGUGCCCCCGCGCAGUGCCUGGCAGCUACACAGAGCAGGUAACCCAGGUGCCUUUGUAGACCUCUUGGAUUUUCGGAGACGUUGCACAUUUCUACCUGAAGCACAAUGCUAACUGUCAAAGUAAGGUUUGGAUGUUUCUUACAUUGACAAAGAGCAUAAAAGAGCCUUUUUCUUAACCACAUCCACGAAGGGUCUUAAAUGGAUCCUAGUUGGUACAAACUAGUUGCACAACAAAGCUACAGGACGGUCGGGGGCGAGCUGGGUCUGAACCGCGCCGGCCGCGGCCGGGAACCGUCCAGGCGUCGUCGGUGUGGGGAUGACCCUGCGGACGUGUUUCCUACGUGAAAUGUCCUUCAUUUUUGCAGAUGCACUUUCCUAACUAGAGGUGACAAGUCCUGAUGCUUGUCAUUUAUUCUGAAGUAUUUGGAGAAAAACGUGACAAACUGCAUAACGUGAGCACAGUUAAAUCAAAGUGCCGG